AAGCUCGGUUGACUAGGCAUUUUUAUUGGUACAGCUUACGGGGCUCCGGGCCCACCAAUCCGAAUUUAGGAAAGGGCUGCGUCCCGGAGCGAGCCUCCGGCGAGUGAGGAAACGGCGAGCCAGAAGGGACGAAAAGAGUAGGAGACCGGGGGUGAGGAAAUGGAGUGGAUAAACCGCUGAGGCCCGGCCAGAGCCUGAGGCCUCUCGGUCAUGGGAGAUGGCCGGGCCCCACGCUGCUGGGGCCUGAAUCUCCGAUCAGGCCUCCCGGGACCGUGCACUGAACGAUAACGCGGGGCGUGGCCCUUAUCUAUACUCCCUGACUGCAGCGUGGGGGUGGGGCCUCUGGAGCCCUGAGAGCCCCCGUGCCUCUCCUUCCCUUGCUCUCCCUCAUUGUGUCUCCGGCCUCCCUCGGUGAGUCUAGGGCUGCGGGCUCCCAGGGGCGGCAGAGGCUUUGCCUCAACCCCCCCCACCCACCCCCCCCCACACCCUCCGGCAGGGAGGGGUCCGGUGGCGAAGGGACUGGCACACGCUGCCCGCUGCCUCAGUUUUCCCCUUGGCGGGAAGGAGGGAUCCGGCUGGGAAGGUCCCACGUGCUGCCGGCUGCGUGCCCCCCGGCCUCGGGGCGGGGAGCAUCCGAGCCCCCAUCUGCAAGGCCGUCUCUCCCAGCCCUCCCGCAGGCUCUCCGAUGUCCCGGACCGUGGUCGUGCUGGGCGGUGGCAUCAGCGGCUUGGCCGCGUGUUACCACCUGAUCCGGGCCCCUCGGCCUCCCAAGGUGGUCCUGAUCGAAGCCAGUCAACGUCUUGGGGGCUGGAUUCGUUCAGUCCAACGAGAGGAUGGAGCUGUCUUUGAACUCGGACCCCGAGGAAUUCGUCCUGCCGGAGAAUUAGGAGCCAGGACCUUGCUCAUGGUCUCAGAGCUUGGCUUGGACUCUGCAAUUUUGCCUGUUCCCGGGAACCAUCCUGCUGCUCAAAACCGCUUCCUGUAUGUGGGGGGAGCUCUGCACCCUCUGCCUACUGGCCUUAGGGGCUUGUUCUUUCCAGCCCCUCCUUUCUCCAAGCCGCUGUUCUGGGCUGGCCUUCGGGAGCUGACCACCCCUCGUGGCCUGGAACCUGAUGAGACUGUGCACAGCUUUGCAGAGAGGCGCCUGGGAUCUGAGGUGGCCUCUAUCGCUAUGGAUAGUCUUUGCCGAGGAGUAUUUGCCGGCGAUAGUCGAGUGCUCAGCGUCCGCUCCUGCUUCCCCAGCCUCUUUAAGGCCGAGCAGACUCAUCGGUCUGUGCUUCUGGGGUUGUUGCUGGGGUCAGGGCAGAGCCUCCUCUUAGAGUCACCUCUGAUUAGUCAGGCCAGAGCUGAGCGCUGGAGCCAGUGGUCACUUCGGGGAGGGCUGGAGACACUGCCCCAGACCUUGGGCACCCACCUGUUAAGUCAAGGAGUCACCAUUCUGAAGGGUCAGCCGGUCUGUGGGCUCAACUUCCAGUUGGGUAAAUGGCAGGUGUCUCUAGGAGAUUGCAGCCUGGAGGCCGAUCACAUCAUUAGUGCUAUCCCUGCUACAGUGCUAAGCGAGCUGCUUCCUUCUGAGGCAGCACCUCUGGCUCAGACCCUGGCCCUAAUUCGUGCUGCCUCUGUGGCUGUUGUGAAUUUGCAGUAUCGGGAGGCUCAUCUGCCUGUCCAGGGUUUUGGACACCUGGUACCUUCUUCUGAAGACCCUGGCGUCCUGGGAAUUGUAUAUGACUCCGUUGCCUUCCCUGAACAGGAUGGGAGCCCUGCCAGCCUUAGAGUGACCGUGAUGCUGGGGGGUUCUUGGCUGCAAGCACUGGAGGAUGGAGAGCAAACAUUAGCUCAGGAGCUAUUCCAACAAGCAGCCCAGGAAGCAGUUGCCACACAAUUGGGGCUAAGAAAGCCACCGAGUCAAAGCCUGGUUAGCCUACACAAGAGCUGUAUCCCUCAAUAUACUUUGGGCCACUGGCAGAGAUUAGAGGCAGCUGCCCAGUUUCUGGCCAAUCAUCAACUGCCCCUGACUCUAGCAGGAGCAUCCUAUGAAGGUGUUUCAGUCAAUGACUGUAUAGAGAGUGGUCGCAGGGCUGCCACUCAUGUCUUGAAGGAAUCUUGACCUCUGACCUACAGCCUUUUCUCUUAUCCCUGCAGGCCAGGGGCUCAGUCAAGACUAAUAAAAUUGCUCCAGUUGGACAGUA